GUUCAAAUCUAUUAUGGAAGACAAGUCUGAUAAUGAUACUCAAGAACAAUCAAAGAGAAUCUUUGAUAGUAGUGAUAGAAUGACCAACAUGAUGAGAAAGGUAGAUGAAAUCAAGAGAGAGAAGGAUAUUGAAAGAGCAGAGACUCUGGAUUUCCAAGAAGACCCUCAGUAUAUUAAGAAUGCUAAGAAAGAUAUUCAGGAUUAUGUUGACAAGACUGGAAGUAUUGGAGACAAAAUUAAUCACUUUUUCAACAUCUUUAGGCAAUUUUCGAAUAGCUAUAACCAAGCAAACCAGCUUUAUAAUCCUGAUUUGACAAAUAUUUUAAAGACAAAGAGGAUCCAAUAUGUCACGACUCUUCCAAGGUUCACUCUAAAUGAUGAUCUCGCAGAAAGAAUGACCCUUGCUGAAAAGGCUGAGAGUUCUUUAGUGAACGAACUCAAGUUAUGGGGACACAAAUAUGCGAUUCUUAGUUUCACACUAGGAAUAAACUUAUCUGCUUUGCUCUACUCUACAAUUUUCCGGUAUCAUGGUAGAGCCAUCCGGCUAAUCUUCUCUGCCACGCUUGGGUGGAGCUUCAGUACUUAUUUAUUGAAUAAAGCUUUGGAUAAAAUAUACUACCCAAUAAUGCCAAUUUUUCAGAAAUAUCGAGCUAUGGAGAAGAAGUAUGAUCCUGACACAUUCAAGAAGAUCAUCAGUUUUGAAAAAGAUGUUGAAGAGACUGACAGCAUCAAGCGGUUCAAGAAAGGAAAAGACAAAAUCGAAGCCCUUAACAAAUUAAGUAGCAUCGAUGAAGAAAUCAUGCAGGAGACGCAAAAAGCUAAGGAGGAAUUCGAAGAACUUAUGAAUGAGAGCCAUACUCGCUUUAUUAAUGAAAACGACUUUGAAGGUGACGUUGAGAAGUACGAAGAGUUCAUCAACUCCUACAUCCACUGAUACUAUGAACCACUAGUACCAGAGUAUGAGGAGGGCAAGUUCUUUGUCGAUAAGAUGGACGGCAAACUUGAUUCAAGGCUCAAAUGGCUUGGCAUUAAGAACAAAAAAGUGACAGGGAUUUUCAUGAAAUAG